AUGGCUGCUCUUCCACAGUACAGCUACAUCUUCGGCCUCGGCCUGUGUUUCGCCUUCCUCGAUGCGUGGAACAUUGGUGCUAACGAUGUGGCCAACUCGUUCGCGACUUCGGUCUCAUCCAGGUCCUUGACCAUGAUCCAGGCCAUGACCAUUGGUGCGGUCAUGGAGUUCCUCGGAGCAGUGCUCGCAGGUAACCGUGUCGCUGGUACUAUCCGAAACGACAUCAUACAGAUCAGCGAAUUUGAGGAGACCCCCUCUGUGCUCAUGUUGGGAAUGUUGUGCGCUCUUAUCGGUUCUUCCCUUUUCUUGACCCUCGCCACCAAGAUCGGACUUCCCGUCUCAACAACACACUGCAUUAUUGGCGGUAUUAUUGGUGUCGGCUUCGCGACUGUCGGUGCCAAUGGCGUUGACUGGAGCUGGGAGGGCGUUUCUCAGGUUUUCGCAGCCUGGGGUAUUGCGCCUUGCGUUGCCGGAUGUUUCGGUGCGCUGUUGUUCUUGUUCACCAAGUACGGUGUCAUGAAGUCCAGGAAUCCGCUCAUCGUCGGCCUCUGGACGAUUCCGGUUUUCUUCGGCCUCACUUCUGGUAUCCUGACUAUGUUGGUCGUCUGGAAGGGAGCUGCAUCCCUCGAUCUCGAUGACUGGGGAGUUGCUCCAACCGUCGGUACCAUCUUCGGUGUUGCUGGUGGUGUUGCGCUCCUCUCCGCCCUCUUCCUCAUGCCAUUCAUCUACGUCCGCUUGGUCAAGGAGGACUGGAAGCUCAAGCAAUGGGAGAUCAUCAAGGGCCCUCUCCUUCUCCGCCGUCCAGAUGCUGGUCCAGUUCCCGAGGGCAUGCGUCUCGUGCCAGAUUACUACGCCGGCCACAAGACGCGCGCUGAGCUCGACAGCGAGGGUCGCACGAUCGUUAACGACCGCUCCAGCGACGAGGAGUCCCUCGACAAGACCCAAGUCGAUGUUGACGGCAUCAGCACCGAGAAGCGCCGUGAAUCCUACGUUCACAGCCCAGCUGUUGCCAUGGCUGAGAAGCCAGCCGAACCAGCCGUCCCUGAGGUCAAGCCCAAGUGGUGGGAGCCAGCUCAGCUCUGGAAGACCGCCAAGUGGUUCUUCUUCCGCGGUGUCAUGAUCGAUAUUGUAUCAGAACAGAGUGCAACGACUCGAAACAAUGAGCCCAAGUUCCUUCAACGUUUAUUGGUGGGCAAGAAUCUCGCGGACAAGCACGCUCGCGUGGAACACUACGACAACAAAGUGGAGCAUUUGUACUCUUUCCUCCAAGUCAUGACCGCUGCAACCGCAUCUUUCGGCCACGGAGCCAACGACGUCGCCAAUGCCAUGGGUCCAUUGGCCGCCAUCUACCAGAUCUGGCGUACUAACACUGCCGGCGAAGAUUCCGAGGUUCCGAUUUGAAUCCUAAUUUUCGGAGGUGCUUCCAUCUCCAUCGGUCUCUGGACAUACGGAUACAACCUCAUGCGUAACUUGGGUAACCGCAUCACUCUGCACUCCCCAGCUCGUGGUUUCUGUAUGGAGCUUGGCGCAGCUGUCACUGUCGUCCUGGCGACGCGUUUGGCCCUCCCGGUCUCUACCACACAGUGUAUCAUUGGCGCUACUGUUGGUGUUGGUCUCUGUGCAGGCGAUUUUAAGGCCAUUAAUUGGCGCAUGGUUCUUUGGAGCUACGCUGGUUGGUUCAUUACCCUGCCUUCGACCGCUGUGAUCUCUGGAUGUCUUAUGGGCUUCGCCAUUAAUGCUCCUCAGUGGGGCAGAACGCCUGCUGCGAUCGUCUAA